UGCGUAGCAAGUCACAACCAACGACCAACAAUAAUGCUGAAGACCCUCCUGUGUGUGUCUGCUUUCGUGCUCAUCGGCGUCAGUGCAAAGGUGGGUGAGGUGUGUCAAGAUGUAAGCACGUGCGACGAUGGAGAAUGCUGCCUGCAUCAUUUUAGUAUGUUUUCGGUCUCGAAACUUGGAACUUGUCAAAAGUAUGUGAAGGAAGGCGAGAGCUGCGACGAACAGGCAAUGUGGCGGGGAAAAUCGUGCACUUGUGAGGAAGGAUUAGCCUGCUACUCCCAAUCUCAGGGGAGCACAAAGACAGCUGUGUGUGAGGAGCUGAGACAUUGACUUGCCUCGUGGCUAAUAAAAGAAAAGAAAAAAAUCAUGACUGACUUUAAGAAGAGCUAAAUGAGGGACUGAUUCAUUGGUACAAGCUGCGGUCUUGAAACUUGUCACAGAAAUAAACCAUAAACUUCCCAGAUUCC